AUGCCAGCCAAUACCAUCACCGUCUCCAUACCUCAGCUCGCGAAGAUGAUCGAUCACUCGUUACUACACCCAACCAUGACCGACGCCGAUAUCAUCGCAGGCCUAAAGAUUGCAAAGGAACACAAUGUUGCCACCGCAUGCGUGAAGCCAUAUACCAUCCCCCUAGCCCUGAAGGAGCUCGCUGGAUCUGACGUCCUGGUGUGUCCGGUCAUUGGAUUUCCCCAUGGGAACAGCACCACAGAAAUUAAAGUCGCAGAAGCUACCGACGCCGCGAAAGCAGGGGGGAAGGAGAUCGACAUGGUCAUCAAUAUCGGAAAAGCCCUGGGAGGUGACUGGGACUACGUGAGCGAGGAGAUCCGGCAAAUCAAUGACGCAGUCACGGCGAACGACGCCAUCCUGAAGGUCAUUUUCGAGAAUGAUUACCUCCAGGCGGAACAUAUUGUACGACUGUGUGAGAUCUGCUCGCAGAUUGGUGUUGCUUUUGUGAAGACCUCAACUGGGUACGGAUUUGUGAAACAACAGGAUGGGUCGUAUAACUACCGUGGUGCAACAGUGCAAGACCUUAAGCUGAUGAGAGAGGCGUCCGGCGAGAAGGUGCAAAUCAAAGCUGCUGGUGGCGUCCGAACUUUAGACGACUUGCUGCAUGUCAUGUCCCUGGGGGUCACUCGCAUUGGCGCAACAGCUACUGUUGCUAUUCUGGAAGAGGCGAAGAGACGUGGGAUUGGAAACCAGCCUGUUGAAGUUGAGUUUACGCCGAUAACAGAUGCUAAGGGUGGUGCUUAUUAG